AUGGCCACAAGGAAAAACAUUGCAUCUCCACCCAGGAAAUCAGUGUCUGCUUCAUCAUCAGAUGUUCAGCUCCACAUAUGUGGAGUACCAUUCUCCUUGAAUAGGGAAGUUUUGACUGCAAAAUCUGCAAAGCUAGCUGCAGUGCUGAAAGAGAAUCCUGAAGAUGAUGUUUCUCAUUUGCUAGGAGACAUUCCCACUGAUUCCGAAACUUUUGAGCUAGUCGCAAGGUUCUGCCAUGGUUUUGACAUAAGCCUAUUGCCUGAGAAUGUUAUUAAAGUCCUUUGCCUUGCUAACUAUCUUGGAAUGUCUGAAGAUCACAGCACAAACAACCUCAUAAAGAAGGCUUGUUUCUACUUUCAAAAUAAUAUCCUUCCUAGCUGGAACAAGUGUAUUAAAGCCCUCAAAUCUGCUGAAACCAUUCUUCCACAAGCUGCAGAUCUUGCCCUUGUUGAUGCCUGUGCAGAAUUGAUCAUCACCAAAGUAGUGCAUGAUCCAAGUCUUCUUGGAGAACCAAUUAGGAACGUAACAACAACAGAUGAUGACAGUGAGAACGACGAAAGUACCUAUAAGCCAAAUGUUAGGAGGAGGCUCUUUGUUCUUGACUGGAAAUCUGAGGACUUGACAGUACUUUCCAUUGCUCUCUACGAGCCCAUUAUUCGUGCAAUGAUUCAUCAAAAUGUCCCUCUGGAAUAUGUGGCAUCAUCUCUGUUUCACUAUCUCACAAAAUGGGUUUUUCCAGGCACUAAAGGAGAAGAUGAGACAUCAGUUUAUGAGAGGAAUUCUCAGAGAGAGAUCAUUGAAGCAGUGGAGAGACUGUUGCCGCAAGAGAGGGGGCUGAUCCCUUGCUCUUUGCUCUCUCAAAUGUUGCAAUCUGCAAUAAUGUUGGAUGCUAAUACUGAUUGUAAAAGCGGAUUGGAAACUAGAAUAGGAAAGCAGCUGGACCAGGCAACUGUAAAGGACCUCUUAAUACCUGCACAAGGAUAUGCAAAAGAAGAGCAGUAUGAUACUGAAUGUGUGAAAAGGAUAAUGAAGUAUUUCUACAGCAAUUACACAAGCACAGAUGAAUCUGGCCUGAUUGCCGUGGCACAACUUAUUGAUGACUUCUUGGCUGAGGUUGCUAGUGACAUAGAUUUGAAGUUGAAGACAUUUUUAUCACUAACAGAUUUAUCACUAGCAGCAUCAGAAGGAACUCAUAGGAAUUCUGAUGGAAUAUAUAAAGCAAUUGAUAUAUACUUGGACAAGCACAGAUAUCUCACGGAUAGGGAAAGGGAUGAAGUUUGCAGGAUGUUGGAUUGCAACAACCUGUCUCCUGAAGCCUGUGAGCAUGCUGCACACAACGAAAAGCUACCAGUACGAGUGAUGGUGCAGAUUUUGUUUUCUGUGCAGUUGAAGUUGAAGGAUACUGUGGCAAAGAGGAUACAGAGGGGUUCUGGAAACCUAUUGUUGAAGCUGGAAGAAGACGAGGAAGAUGCAACGAGGACAAGCAGCAGUGAAGAGGAAGUGAAAGCAGAGAUGGAAAAGAUGGGAAGCAAGGUGCUGGAACUGGAGAAAGAAUGUCAUAUGAUGAGAAGGGCAAUUCAGAGAGGUAGCUACCAGCACAAGAUUCAGAAGGAGAAAACAAGCAUGUGGAAAGAAAUGAAGAGGAAGUUUGGUUGUAUGACAAGCUUGCAUGAGACAAAUUGCCAUGUGAAGAAGAAAAAAGUGCAUCCAAGAUAG